AUGUUCAGGGCUGCUAUUUCCAAGAUUAAGGCGAACCUUACCGCAUAUGGCGCACGAAAAAUUAAUAUCGAAGAUUUUAAUAUAGUUAAAGAGGGUAAAGCAGAGAUACUUUUUCCCAAAAAGGAAACAGUCUUUUACAACCCUAUCCAACAAUUCAAUAGGGACUUAAGUGUUACAUGCAUCAAAGCUUGGGACAAUUUGUACGGUGACGAGUGUGGUCAAAAGAGGAGGAACAAAAAGGGCAAGAAGAAAAGAACUGCUCAAAAUAGCGAUGAUUCUUCCAAACGUCAGAAAAUGGAGGAUGGAUCGUCAAGGGAAACUGCUGAGGCUUCCAAAACAAAAACUCCUUAUAUUAAUAUUUUGGAAGCUUUAUCGGCCACCGGUUUGAGGGCGAUUAGAUACGCUCACGAAAUUCCUCAUGUUAAGCAAGUUAUUGCUAAUGACUUACUCCCAGAUGCUGUAGAGUCUAUAAAAAGAAACGUUGAAUACAAUAACGUUGAAGAUAUCGUCAAACCAAAUCUAGAUGACGCUAACGUUCUAAUGUACCGCAAUAAAGCUGCGAAUAACAAAUUUCAUGUUAUCGAUUUGGAUCCUUACGGUACCGUGACUCCAUUUGUGGAUGCCGCUAUCCAGAACAUCGAAGAGGAUGGGCUAAUGUUGGUGACUUGUACUGAUUUAUCUGUCUUGGCUGGUAAUGGAUACCCUGAGAAAUGUUUUGCGCUAUAUGGCGGUGUAAAUAUGGUUUCUCAUGAGUCUACGCAUGAAAGCGCCCUAAGAUUAGUAUUAAAUUUACUAAAGCAAAGUGCUGCAAAAUACAAAAAAACUGUGGAGCCACUUUUGUCACUAAGCAUCGAUUUCUACGUCAGAGUUUUUGUGAAAGUCAAAACAAGCCCAAUUGAAGUCAAGAACGUGAUGUCGAACACCAUGACUACUUAUCAUUGUUCUCGUUGUGGCUCCUACCACAAUCAACCUUUAGGUAGAAUUUCUCAACGUGAAGGUAAGAAAAAUAAAACGUUCACCAAGUACUCUGUCGCUCAAGGCCCACCAGUAGAUACAAAGUGUAAAUUUUGCGAUGGAACAUACCAUUUAGCCGGACCAAUGUAUGCAGGUCCUCUGCACAACAAGGAAUUCAUUGAUGAAGUAUUAAGAAUUAACAAAGAAGAACACCGUGACCAGGACGAUACAUACGGAACACGCAAGAGAAUUGAAGGUAUGCUGUCCCUAGCGAAGAAUGAAUUAUCGGAUUCACCAUUCUACUUUAGUCCCAAUCAUAUUGCAUCUGUGAUAAAACUGCAAGUCCCUCCCUUGAAAAAAGUAGUCGCUGGAUUAGGCUCCUUGGGCUACGAGUGUUCGUUGACACAUGCUCAACCUUCAUCUUUAAAAACGAAUGCUCCUUGGGAUGCAAUUUGGUACGUGAUGCAAAAAUGUGAUGACGAGAAGAAAGAUUUGAGUAAGAUGAAUCCAAACACCACCGGCUACAAGAUUUUAUCGGCCAUGCCAAAAUGGUUAAGUGAGGAUGUCAAAUCUGAAUAUGACUCAAAACUAUCGUUUACACCAAAUGAAGAGAGCGGUAAUAUUGAGAAACUGAGAAAAUUGAAAAUUGUAAGAUAUCAAGAAAACCCUACAAAGAACUGGGGCCCAAAGGCUCGUCCUAAUGCUUCCUAG